UAAAUGAUCCUCACGCAGUGCGCCGUCUGCGCCACCGAGCUUGGGCUAACCUUGGGCAAGAAAUGCGGCCGCUGCAGCACGCGCUACUGCGGGCCUGAAUGCCAGGUGCAGCACUGGAAGGAGGGCGGGCACGACCAGCUCUGCAAAUUGAUUAAAAAAGCUGGCGGCGCCGAACAGUAUAAUGCCAACACAAAGUACACGGAGGCAGUAUCGGUCGCGGCGGAGGCGUGCGCGGAGGACACGAAGGGCCAGACGUGCUACAUCUGCACGCAGGCCCUCCAUUGGAAGACGAAGGAGGGUCUCGUGCGCAUGUGUGCGUGCCGCGGGACGGCGGGUUUCGCGCACGUGUCGUGCCUGGCGGAGCAGGCGAAGAUUUUGGUCGCGGAAGUCGAGGAGAGCAAUUUGGAUCACGAGGCGAAGACUGAAAGGUGGACGCGGUGGUACACGUGCAGUCUGUGCGAGCAAGACUACCACGGCGUCGUGGCGUGCGCGCUCGGGUGGGCGUGCUGGAAGACAUACUUGGGGCGGCCGGAGGAGGAUGUGGUUCGGGUACUGGCGUUGAGGCAGCUUGGGAACGGUUUGCACGGUGGAGAUCACGACAAGGACGCGUUGUCCGUAAGGAUGGCCGAGUUGGCUAUGCUGCGGCGCCUUGGCGCACCAGAAGCCAAUAUACUCGCCGCGCAGAGCAAUCUUGCGCUCUCAUAUCGACAGCUUGGACGAUUUGAAGAGGCCCUGCGUAUGCAGCAAAAGGUAUACUCUGGAUCCCUGAGGCUCGAGGGCGAAGAAUGUCCAAAGACCCUCGUAACAGCCCUGAACUACGCGUCGUCCCUUGUCCAUCUAGGAGGCUUCGAAGAAGCCAGGACGCUGCUACGCAAAGAGAUGCCCGUGGCGCGACGCAUUCUCGGCGAGAGUAAUGAGCUCACGCUCCAGAUGAGGUGGAAUUACGCGAGGGCGCUCUACCUGAACGCCGGCGCCACGCUCGACGAACUCCGCGAGGCCGAGACUACGCUCAAGGAGACAGCACGGACCGCGCGGCGCGUUCUCGGUGCCGCAAACCCGGCUGUAGUGGGUAUUGAGCACGACUUGCGAAUUGCGCGAGACAGGCUCGCCGCUCGCGAAGGCGGCCGCGACGUGAGCUCCGUUUGCGACAUGGUGGCCGCGAUGACGCCCGGGGGACCGUAGGCGAAUCAUUGGGGCGCGCCGCAGUCUAAACGCCACGGUACGCCAUCGACGAGGCGCGGGCUCGUACGCCGCGCGAGGAGACAUACUAAGAUAAAGUUUU